CCUGCCCAGAGAUGCCUGUACCGGGACGUGAUGCUAGAGAUCUACAGCCACCUCCUCUCCGUGGAUGAGAAAAUGUCAGUCGUCCACAGUUACACAACCAGGAUGGUAAUCCCAGGAUCUGAACCAAGCUGCUUCUGGUAACCACUACGGCAUGGCAAGCUUCCUGCCUGGGCUCUGUGCUCACUGGGGGGGCAGAUAACAGCAGGAGACAAGAAAGGAGGGGUGAGCUAGGGACAGCUCAGGUGACAGAGCCCAAGGUGAUAAGGCCUCUGACAAAAGUGAGGGACCAGGGGCUGUGGGAGGCCAGAGGUGGCUUGCUUGUUAAUACAGUGCAAGGGAGGACAGGUCCUGUAGGCUUCCUAGAGGAAGUAUGUCCACAUGGCUACUUGGAUGAGAAACAGGAAUCAGUGUGGUGAGGAGGGGUGAGGGAGGGAGGGUCUUCAGGAAGAGAGGACGGCAUGUGUAAACACACUGGCAUUGGAUGGGACCUGCCAGAGCCACAGGAAGCUGAAAAGUCACCAGGGGCCUGGAUGCAAACACCAGGCUGAGGGACUCAACCUUUCCCUGCAAGUGCUGAGUGGCCACAGUCCUCUGCCCUCUCCGGAAGCCUCUGACACCAGCUUACAGUCUUUUCCACUGGAUUAUUAAUGUGUUGCAAUAAACAAAACAUGAAGUGUUUGCAAAGCACCCAUGAGGAACUUCUGCCCAAACCAUGCCAGCUUGCUGGUGGAUGCGGCCACCGAGGGCUAGAGGGACUGAUCCGGUUCUCACCACCACCAAUUCCUGCCGCCCCAGGGAAGUGACCUGAGGAACCAGAGCACCCCAGCCCCAAGCACUUACUAAGCACGGAGCCCUGAUCUUAACACUUUACACAGGUUAACUCGCUGACUUCUUUAACCCAACUAUGCUAUCAUCAUCUCCACUGGACAGAUGAGGACACUCAAGCACAGAGUUUUCAUCACUUACUCAAGGUCACGCAACUAAGCAAGCGGUGCAGGGCGUCAACUGGCAGGGCAGAUUCUGCUACUACCCCCACAUAACAGAGGAGGAAUUUGAGAUGCUGCCUGGAAAUGCAGAGUCCAUGCCAACUGCUCAGCGCAGACGACCGACGCGCCGGCCGGCCCUGGAGCACUCUGGGAGUCGUGGGCGGAGUGCGUGACGUCACCGCGAGGCUCUCAGGGUGUGAGCCCACUGGGUCUCGGAGCACUAGGCACCUCGGGCCAAACCGCCCCACCGGCACCUGGGAGUCGUAGGCGGGUAAACCCAAAGCCUUCUGGGAGUCGUAGUCCUUUCACCGCUUCCGCGUUUUCUCGGAGCCUGGACCUUCCUGCGCGGGUUCUACUCACGUGAGUGCUCCCUUCCUCUGCGCGCGGAUCCUGGCCCUUUGUCGUACUCUGGGGUAGGAGCUGAGGGUCUCCAUAUUACUCUCCCACGCAUUCCGGUAGGCAUCCGUGGAGAUAUGGCUCUCCUCCGUGAUCCCCCAACGCAUGUCUCUGGCGACCCUCGGGGCUAGAGUGACCUAAGCAGCUGGUGUCCCUGCCGAUCUGCUUUGGACUCUGCCUGUGUUCGGACUCCUUCUCGUUUCCACCCUCCAACCUAAGGGCGGUUCCUCCUUUAUCCUGAUUACUACCUAGAGUGAUCAGGGCUGGCGUGGGGGGCGUCAGGCAGCCGUGGGAGCCCAGAGGAGGUGCCAGACCCAGCCCAGGGUUCAGGACGGACUUCCAGAGCAAAGGACCUCAAAAUUUACCAUGCCCAAACAAAAUUACAGAUUCUCUGGCCUAAACCUACACCUCUCACAGUAUUUGCUCAGUUUUCCUAUUUCCCCCACCUCCUAUCCACGAAAUGGUCCCACUGUCCUUCCAUUGCUGAAGCCAGAACCCUGAAGUUGUCCGUGCUCCCUGCUUCUCUCACCUACUGCCUCGCUCAACCAAGUCUUGUGUGUGUCGCUCCUAAUCUGUUUCCAGAAGAGAUCCAGAAUCUGACCCCUUCUCUCCACCUCCAAUGCCUCUGCUCAGCCCUAAGCUGCAUUAUUGUUCACCUGGAUCAUAGCAGGGGCCUCCUUACUGGUCUCCCCUUGCCACUCUCCACCCUCCAUUCACACGCAGCAGCCAGAGGGAUCUUGUUAAAAUACAAAUCAGAUACUGUCGCUACACAGCUUAUAACCGUCCAGUGGUUCCCAUCUUGUUCAGGAUAAAAUCCAACCUCCUCACCCUGCCAGCCUCCAAGCUCUGCUCCUCUUCCCUCCUCAGCCAUAACUCACUUUCCAAACAAAUGAACCUGAACCUGCCCUUCAGGUCUUUGCUUCUGCUAUUAAAUCUGUCUGGAAUGUUCUUCCCACCCUGGUGUAAUACCUGACUCCUCAUCCUUCUGGCUUCAGCUCAGAGGAUAAUUCCUCCACAUUGCUCCUCAUAUUUGUAAGGUAUCUUAGUUAUUUACUUGUCAGUGGUUUGGCUCCUCCAGGAGAACUUGGUGCCAGCAACCGACCCUGUUUUGAUCACUGCUGUCCCAGUGCCUUGUGCGUGUUGGGUAGAUGGGAGGCAAUGAAUGGUGUCUGUUGGAUGGAGAAUGAAUAAUGAAAGCUUAAGCUGAGACUUGAAGGUGUCGAGCUUGCGCGAGUGCUGAGAGAGUAGUCCAGGCAUUGGAUGUACUCAGUGCUAUCCAGGCCGCCUCCCUAGAGGCAACGAUCCGGCAAGCCGGCAUCCACAUGUAACCCGCCUCCCCUCUCUCCCUGUCCAGGAGAAGCCAGCUCCUCCCAGCCCACCCGGAACCCGCCCCGCGAUGCCCGCCCCGCAGUGCUCCUCCUGCCACGCGGCGCGCGCUGCCCUCCGCCGCCCGCGCUCCGGCCAAGCGCUGUGCGGGUCCUGCUUCUGCACCGCCUUCGAGGCCGAGGUGCUGCACACGGUGCUGGCGGGCCGCCUGCUGCCGCCUGGCCCGGUGGUGGCAGUGGGCGCCUCCGGCGGCAAGGACUCCACGGUGCUGGCGCACGUGCUGCGCGAACUAGCGCCGCAACUGGGCGUCUCGCUGCGCCUGGUGGCGGUGGACGAGGGCAUCGGCGGCUACCGGGACGCGGCCCUGGCUGCAGUGCGGCGCCAGGCCGCGCGCUGGGACCUCCCGCUCACCGUCGUGGCCUACGCAGACCUCUUCGGGGGUUGGACGAUGGACGCUGUGGCCCGCAGCACGGCCGGCACCGGCCGCAGCCGCGCCUGCUGCACCUUCUGCGGGGUGCUGCGGCGCCGCGCGCUGGAGGAAGGGGCGCGCCUCGUGGGAGCCACGCACAUCGUCACGGGGCACAACGCCGACGACAUGGCCGAGACCGUGCUCAUGAACUUCCUGCGGGGCGACGCGGGGCGGCUGGCCCGGGGCGGGGGCCUGGGCUCGCGCGGCGAGGGGGGCGCCCUGCCGCGCUGCCGCCCCCUGCAGCUGGCCUCGCAGAAGGAGGUGGUGCUGUACGCGCACUUCCGCCGCCUCGACUACUUCUCGGAGGAGUGCGUCUACGCGCCCGAGGCCUUCCGCGGCCACGCGCGCGACCUGCUGAAGCUCCUGGAGGCGGCGCGGCCGUCGGUGGCGCUGGACCUGGUGCACUCGGCCGAGCGCCUGGCCCUGGCCCCGGCCGCGCGGCCCCCGCCGCCAGGCGCCUGCUCCCGCUGCGGGGCGCUAGCCAGCCGCUCGCUCUGCCAGGCCUGCGCCCUCCUGGACGGCCUGCAGCGCGGCCGGCCCCGCCUGGCCAUCGGCAAAGGCCGCGGGGGGCGCGACGAGGAGGGGCCGCCAGGGCCGCUACCCCCGCCACCUAGCGACCCCGAGUCUGCACCCGGCCCCGCCGCCGGGGAGUGCAGGGCAGCCUGUAAGGAGCGCUGCGAAUAAACCCCCUUCUGCCCGGG